AUGUUUGGUCAAGAUCAGCUUCCGAGUGACGAAAGGCCGCAGCGUUUAACUACAUUCACGGCGAAGCAUCGCUUCCCAGAUUGUCUAUCUUCCAUUUGGGGAGCUGCUCAGUCAAGUGCUUGCGAGAAGCCGGUACCGAUCAUGGAGCUUUUGUGGGAGAUGCCAGCAGCUUUGAAUGCCACUUUCUCCAAGACGAUCACCUCAAAGGUGUUUCUUACAUUGAACACUUCUGGAUGGGCGCCUGGAAACGCAAUUUGGGGAGCUGACCAACCCCAAGCCCCUGUGCCGCCGCAUCGAGGGAAGACGCUGGUGAUUUUCCAUCAUGGCCACGGGGAGUCCAAAGGCUGCCCUACAUACGGAGACACUGAAGGAACCACCGAUUGGUUGAACGAGAUGGGUUUGGACGUGGCGACAAUGAUGAUGCCCUUUGUGGAUUGCAACAUCAUCAAGGACCAGCCACCAAGCCGCCACGGUUGGUUCCAGAACUUUGAGGAUGAGGGUUUGCCAUGGGUGCGGUUCUUUGUCGAACCAGUGAUCAAAACCAUCAACUUCGCCAAGAACCAACUGGGCUAUGAGCACAUCAUCAUGGCCGGUUUGAGUGGAGGCGGAUGGACCACAACAGUAGCGGCAGCGGUGGAUCCCCGUAUCGAGUUGUCAAUGCCCAUUGCUGGAAGUAUACCCUGCGACUUCAGGCACACGUCUUGGGAUUUUGAGCAGUACUGUGGCGACCGCUGGGCCAACAUUGGCAAUUACACUGCGCUAUAUGUCCUCGCUGCUCUGGAGGAAAACCGAACAAGCUACUUGGCAUUCAGCUACUUCAUGAAGAGGAUCCUUGCUGUUUCCAUGGCUGUGGGCGCCAUCAAAGAAUCCAGGACGAUGAGCAGAUGCCACGAAAGUGGAGCGCAGGUUCUUCGAGAGAAACUGAACAUUUGCGAGGCAGCGCUUUCGGACUUUGAGGUACAGACCAUUCAUAGCGAAAUUGACUCAGAUCAGAGUGGGGUGGUUGACUGGCAAGAGUUUUUGCAGUUUGUUGCACGCGGCCCAAAGCGCCCAGAAGAUGAAGCCAAGCUUUUUGCGCUUCGAACAAAGCGAGUUCAUCGCAACAUGCGCCUGGCGUUCAACAAGUUCCAGACAGACCAGUCAGCUGUGCAAAAGCUUUUCGAAAAGAUCGACAAGGGCUGUGACCGGCAAAGGCUAGAAGUGGUGGGCAACCUGGUUGAAGGUGCUGCAGACCCAGACGAAUCAUUAGAGCACUUCUACAAUCGGACCAAGGAAGGAGGUGGAAACGGUGCAAAGAUCAUGAAAGGCACCCCAGGCAUCAACAGUCUCGAGCAGCGUCCUAAGGAGUUGAAAGCAUUCUACAAGACCAUGGACACCAAUGGAGAUGGCGGCCAAGUCGCAGUCAUCAUCAGUCGCAUUCAGUGGCCUGGCCCCCGAGAUCAUGAGACAAGAGCUGCGUGUUGGUCCCGGGUGCUGCGGAAAGUCGAACGAUGCUUAGAGGACGCCAAGGCAGCGGACUUGUGUGAAGAGCCUGCUGUUGCGCAGAGAAAGUUCCAAGAAGCGGCGAGGAUGCUGUCCGUAGUCCCCAAUGGCCAGUUGCGUGCAGUGGAAGCAUGGGCAGACUGUGGCCGCGCAGGGCUGGAGGCAUCAGAACCCUUCGAUGCUCUGGUGGCCUGUGAGCUUGGCCUGCAGCUGGUACCGGAACACUGGCGCUGUGGGAUGACCAGCGCCUUAGCUUUGGAGUCCUUGGGCUUGCUCAACAUCGCAGAGGAGCGCCUCCAAGCUGCCGCGCGAGUGGCCCGAACUGACCGCGAUACCAUGGCUGCGGCACUGGAGGGUCUACGUCGCGUCAGGGCCAGGUUGGCCCAGGUGGAGAAAGGAGACGCACAGGUUCUUGUAGAGGAGAUCCAGAGGAUGGGUUCCUUGCUCGGAGAUGAAGAGGCAGGUUAUUGGAUCAGCUGUGUGGGCGAAUGCAGCCGAACGGCGGAGGGCCAAGCUGAGCUGGUGCAGAAAGGUUUUCUGCAGCACAACCAUAAGAAUUUGGCCAAACCUGCGGAAGUAGCAAGGAGAGCCAGUGUGGUCGCUCUCAGGUAUCGAAUCAACAAAAAAUUGCAGAGGUAUCUCUCGAGCGCUGGUUUGUUGAUGGGUGUGGCUGACAAAUGUGUCCUACCCAAGGCCGUGAGCCAUCCCAUGGCUGAUGGCUUAAUGAACCACGACGCAUGGCAGACUUUGCGGCAAAAACGCAUUGCGGUAGUCGACUCUGCUGUACCGCUGGAGGUGGUGGCCAAGGUGCAGAUGGAACUCCAAGCUCUUCGCUCGGGUGGAGUGAUGCAGAAUGACACGAAUGAUGUUUGCAAUCCUCUCCAGGAGGCAAAGUAUUUGCCUUUCGCAGCUGGCACUGCAGCCCAACAGUUUCGAGAGAAGUGCCCAACCACCAUGCAGGUCAUGCAACAACUCGCAGGUUUGGCCACGAUCUUGGAAGAUGAGUUAGGCCUUCGCCUGGCUGUCCCGCAAUCUGCAAUGGCCGCCUGUUACCCUCCACGCGCAUCUUACAAAAUGCACCUUGACAGCUACUUUCUGCACGGUUGCAAGGAUGACAUUCCGAGAAAAGUCACAGUACUUCUCUACUGUAAUCAUGGCUGGGAGCCACGGCAAGGUGGUGAGCUGUGUGCUUGGGAGCCUUUUGAUCAAGGCCGUGGUGUUUCUCAGCGGAUUGAGCCCUUGGCUGGCCGACUGGUGGUUUUCAUGUCAGAGGAGAUCUGGCACGAGGUCUUGGAGUCCCACGGUGACCGCUAUGCCCUGACUGUGUGGAUUCAUGACCGCGAGCGUGCACCAUUGGCGCAGCUGUGA